UCCGUGAACCGGAACACGUAAAGAUUCAAUGUCUUUUCGAUUCUACCCACCAUUUAUCUAACUCCAAGAAAUUAACAAUAAUAAAAAAACAAAUCCGCCAUUCUUGGAAGUGGGAAAUGGAAAUAUGAUGCGAUUCAUCAAGCCUUCAUGUAUAGGAGGAGCAUCGACCGAUCAAGGGGCCAGGAUCUCCUCUCCUUGCCAUUAGUCUCGUAGGUGUUCAAAUUACAGGGGCCAAGAUCUUUUCUCCUUGCCAGUAGUCUCGUUUGUGUUCAAAUUAGAAGUAGAAUUAGGGUUUUAGUUCUACACUUGUCCCUGCAAAAGUAAAGUUAAAUUAUUGCUGAAAAUAAAGAAUUCACGUGACGAAAGCUGGUAUUUUCUUUCCCUUUCUCUUUCUUACAGGUUUAUAGCUGUAUGCCUGUAUUCACUGUCUGAUCUCUUUCCUCUUUUUUGAUUUCCAUCUUUUCUGUUUUUGUCUUGACGUACUCAUUCACAUAAUUAUAAACAAACAACAAUCCACCGUCUCUCUCUCUCUCUCUCUCUCUCUCUCUCUCUCACUUUUGAUUCACUGGCACGGCCUCUAUUAAACCAGAGGCGUCGCCCAAGUCUCCUCUCUAUUAAGUAUUAACUCCCUGCAAUUGCAUGCCCCUUCCUGUCCUCAAAAUCUUCAGACAUCGAAAGAAAUGAAGCCAUUGAAGAUGCAAUCAUUUACUAUCUCUCUUUUUAGUAUUCUCCUUCUGGGUGUUUGCCACGUGUCCCGGGCAACACCAGCGUCGAACAAGGAGAGAAAAGCAACUUACAUAGUUCACAUGUCCAAACCCGAGAUGCCGGCGAGUUUUGAACACCACACUCACUGGUACGAAUCCUCACUCAAAUCGGUCUCUGACUCAGCCCAAAUGCUCUACACCUACGAGAAUGCAAUCCAUGGGUUUUCCACUCGGUUAACACUGGCAGAAGCAAAGUUACUCGAGAGCCAACCCGGGAUUCUCUCUGUAAUGCUUGAGUUGAGAUACGAGUUGCACACAACUCGUACACCAGAGUUCCUUGGACUCGACAAAAGCGCUGAUUUGUUACCCCAGUCUGACUCAGUCAGUGAAGUGAUCAUUGGUGUGCUGGAUACAGGUGUUUGGCCAGAGAGCAAGAGUUUUCUUGAUACCGGCUUUGGUCCUGUUCCAAGUUCCUGGAAAGGCGAGUGUGAAUCGGGCACCAACUUCACGACAAAAAACUGUAACCGCAAAUUAAUCGGUGCAAGAUUCUUUGCUAGAGGCUAUGAGGCCACGUUAGGCCCAGUUGAUGAAUCAAAAGAAUCAAAAUCGCCAAGAGAUGGCGACGGCCAUGGUACUCACACCUCUUCUACGGCAGGUGGAUCGUCUGUGGCAGAUGCGAGCCUAUUUGGAUACGCAGCUGGAACAGCGCGUGGGAUGGCUGCCCGUGCAAGGGUGGCUGUCUAUAAAGUGUGCUGGGUUGGUGGUUGUUUCAGUUCUGAUAUUUUAGCGGCCAUGGAUAAAGCCAUUGAUGAUGGUGUUAAUGUUCUUUCCAUGUCACUUGGCGGAAGCAUGUCUUAUUAUUAUAGAGAUAGUGUUGCGAUUGGAGCUUUUGCAGCUAUGGAGAAGGGGAUUUUUGUCUCUUGCUCAGCUGGGAAUGCAGGUCCAAGCUCGUAUAGUUUGUCCAAUGUUGCUCCUUGGAUAACUACUGUUGGGGCUGGCACUUUGGAUCGUGACUUCCCUGCUUUUGUUAGUCUUGGUAAUGGGAAAAAUUACUCGGGUGUUUCUCUUUAUAAGGGGGAUGCAAUUUUACCAGGAAAGCUUUUGCCAUUUGUUUAUGCUGGUAAUGCUAGUAAUGCAACAAAUGGUAAUUUGUGCAUGAUGGGUACUUUGAUCCCUGAACAAGUUGCAGGUAAAAUAGUGCUGUGUGAUCGUGGAGUGAAUCCUAGAGUGCAAAAAGGAGCUGUAGUCAAAGCAGCUGGUGGCUUAGGCAUGGUUUUGUCAAAUACUGACGCCAAUGGUGAAGAAUUGGUUGCUGAUGCUCACUUACUACCAGCUACAGCAGUUGGUCAAAAAGGUGGAGAUGAGAUCAAGAAUUAUUUGUUUUCAGAUCCAAAACCAACGGUGACUAUUCUUUUUGAAGGCACCAAAGUUGGGAUUCAACCAUCUCCAGUUGUUGCAGCAUUUAGCUCAAGAGGGCCUAAUUCGAUCACACCGGACAUCUUGAAGCCGGACAUGAUUGCACCAGGUGUCAACAUCUUGGCGGGUUGGGUGGGUUCGGUUGGUCCUACUGGGCUGGCUACCGAUGGCAGGCGGGUGGAGUUCAACAUUAUCUCAGGAACCUCAAUGUCCUGCCCACAUGUGAGCGGCCUCGCUGCAUUGAUCAAAGCCGCUCAUCCUGACUGGAGCCCAGCAGCUAUCAAAUCAGCACUAAUGACCACAGCUUAUGUAACUUACAAGAACGGCAACAAAUUGCAAGAUGUUGCUACUGGGAAGGAUUCUACGCCGUUUGAUCAUGGGGCCGGGCAUGUAGAUCCGGUUUCGGCACUCAACCCAGGGCUUGUUUAUGAUCUCACGGCAGAUGACUACUUGAAUUUCCUGUGUGCGUUGAACUACUCUGCAACAGAAAUCACCAGCCUUGCAAGAAGAAAAUUCACAUGCGAUGCCUCCAAGAAAUAUAGUGUGACCGAUCUCAACUACCCUUCUUUUGCAGUCAAUUUUGGCAGCGGUGGUGCUGAUGUGGUAAUUAAGCACUCACGAACACUUACCAAUGUCGGCGCGCCGGGGACGUACAAGGUGCUGAUAUCAUUGCAAUCUCCAGGUGUGAAGGUGGCAGUCGAGCCAGAAACAUUGAGUUUCCGUCAAGCGAAUGAGAAGAAAUCUUACACAGUUACUUUUACUGGGAGCUCAAUGCCUGCCGAUACUAAUAGCUUCGGCCGGAUAGAAUGGUCUAACGGGAAACAAAUUGUUGGCAGUCCAAUAGCAGUUAGUUGGACUUAGCAGCAUAAUAUGGCAUGUCAUUAAUAGAAACAAAAUUCGGUACCGCUCGAAGAGUAGAGUACAAUUGCAAUGCUUGUUAGUUUUUGUGCUCCGAAUGUUAUGUUUUCGUAGUCCCAGCAAAUAAGGGAAGGCUGGACCUGGUGCUUGAUGUUCUUAUUUGAGAAGGAAAGCAAGAGGAAAAAAAAACGUACAAAGGCUGAUGGCGUUUUCAUCUCAAUGUACAAUUUGUGGCUAUCACAAUGUGUAUGCUUGCUAGCCUAGUGGAUACCUAUUUAUAUCAAGAACUCCUAUCCUUAAUAUUUAUUUUGUUA